UAGAACAAACAUGGCGGAAUUUUUGAGCCAUUAGCCCGAGAGUCUCUUUUCCUUCUCAAGUUUGGUUAUCAUCCAACUGUUUGGCAAAAAUAAGUGAUGCUUAGACAAAGCUUCUUUCGGCUAAGGAGUCCUGAGACAUACCUCAAAGUAGCUUGGCCAGGAAAUUUAAAAUUAGCGACUAAUUACGAGGUGAAGCCAGUAAACAAUUUAUUUCAUAAAAGAACAUUAAUAUCCUCUUCAAGACAUGCAUUGACACGUGCUGAACCAAAAGGAGCUCAAAAACCAGCUGAAGAUGUUUUCAAGCGAUCGUCAAAGAGGGGUCCUGUAACAUGGGCUUCACUUGCUCUUUGUGCACUUGCUGGUGGGGGGCUGCUGCUCUAUGUUCGUCAUCUCAAAGAGGAGAAGGAACGAAUGAAAGAGAAGCAGCAGAAGAGAUCCAUGGGGAAAGUUGCACUAGGUGGACCCUUCAGUCUCAUAGAUCAUAACGGACAAGCUGUUACAGACAAGGAUUUUCAUGGCAAAUGGAUAUUGCUCUACUUUGGUUUCACUCACUGUCCUGACAUUUGCCCUGAUGAAUUAGAAAAAAUGGGAAAAGCAAUUGACCUUGUUGAUGAGAGCAAAGAUGCACUUGGUGCAGAGCUUCAACCCCUGUUCAUAACAGUUGAUCCAUCUCGGGAUGAUGUCAAGGCUGUGAAGCAGUAUGUCCAAGAGUUUCAUCCACGUCUCCUUGGUCUAACGGGAACACCUGAACAAGUCCAACAGGUUUGCAAGGCUUACAGGGUAUACUUCAGUGCAGGACCAGCAGAUGAAGACAAUGACUACAUUGUUGAUCACACCAUUAUUCAGUACCUUGUGGAUCCUUCAGGAAACUUUGCAGAGUAUUUUGGACAAAAUAAGACAGCAGAGGACAUUGCUGCAGGGAUUGUAAAACACAUGAUGUCAAACAAAUUCAAGCAAAAGAAAUAAUUUUGCAAAAAAAUUUGUUCACAUGAAAUACAUCAAGUCAGGAUGAACUGCAGGCACCACUCAAAUUGACCCAGGAGAGGCAAAGCAAAAAUUUAUCAAAAAGGCAGUCUAA